AUGGUGCUGAAAUCAAUCAUUGACUUCAUCAGGAUCCCUUCGAACGAUCGAAGCGUUGCCAAUGUCUGGAUCAACGAGGAUAUCCGGCCACUGCCACCAUCUCGCAGGACAUGGACACGCUGGGCGUACAUCUCUUUCUGGGCCAUAAACCAGAUGACUCUCUCCAACUUCCAACUGGGCGCAUCUCUGGUCUCAGCAGGCUUGGCAGUUUGGCAAGCCGUCAUAGCCAUUAUCAUCGGCAAGGUCAUCAUCGCUGCCGUGGCAGUAUUCAAUGGGUAUGUGGGAGCAGAAUGGCACAUCGGAUUCCCCAUCGUGAGCCGGUACGUUUGGGGCAUUUACGGCCACUAUGUCGCGCUCAUCCAGAGAAUCAUUCUGUCUCUGGUAUGGUUUAGCGUGCAGUCCUGGACCGGCGGUCUCUGCGUGCAGAACAUCCUCUCUGCCAUCUUUCCGAGCUACCAGCACAUGAAGAACCACUUCCCCGCAUCAGCCAAUAUGGACACGAAGCAGUUCAUCGGCUGGGUGCUCUUCAACAUCCUCAUGAUCCCAAUCCUCUACGUGCGCCCGGAAAGAAUGAAGUGGGUGGUGCUCUGGAUGAACUUGGUCACGGCCAUCACGCUGCUCUCGAUGGUGAUCUGGGUCCUCUCGGCAGCAGACGGAGGCGGGCCACUGCUCGACCAGCCUGCUACAUCGCAGACGAACUGGGAGCUCGGCUGGGCAAUCGUGCAUGGGGUUACCACCGUGAUCGGCGGCAUUGCCGUCGGAUUGACAAACCAAAUGGACUAUUCCAGGUUCGCGCGACGACCCGGAGACCAGGUGCUCGGCCAAUGGCUCUCCAUCAUCUGUAUUGGCGCCAUCAUGCCAUCCCUGGGGUGUAUCAGUGCAUCUGCCACGCAGAGAGUCUACGGCGAAGCGAUCUGGAACCCGCCCAACCUUGUGCAGAAGUGGCUCGACACCGAUUACAAUGCCAAAUCACGAGCGGGCGCUUUCUUUGCCGGCUGCGGGCUCGUCAUCUGCCAGCUGGCGAUCAAUACCAUCGACAACGCCUUCUCCGCCGGAAUGGAUAUGGCCGGCCUCUGUCCGUCCUUCAUCAACAUCCGACGCGGAGCCUACAUCGGCCUGGUCCUGAGUAUCGCAAUGUGCCCCUGGCAACUCUUGAGUGCCGCAAGCACCUUCAUCAGCGUGCUGAGCGCGUACAGUGUCUUCCUCGGACCCAUGGUCGGCAUCAUGAUCUGCGAAUACUGGGUCCUGCGAGGGCGUCGAAUCAAGCUAUCCGAUCUCUACCACCCCGGCAAGCAAGGCCUAUACUACUUCUGGCACGGAAUCAACUGGCGGAGCUUCGUCUCCUGGAUCGUCGGCUGGUCGUACCUGCUUCCCGGCUUCGCACAUGUAUGUCCAACAGGAACAUAAACACCCUUCACACACACACACACACACACACACACACACUCAAAAGGCAUAUAUGAGAUGCUAACUCUUUUCCAUUCGAUUCUAGGCCGUGACGCCGAAUGUCACUGUUCCCGAAGCUUGCACCAAUCUCUACUACCUCGCUUUCCCGCUGGGUUUUGCUGUAAGCUUUUCAGUGCACUACGGCAUCAACAAGGCUUUUCCCCCGAGGGGGCAGGGCGUUCUGGAUGAUGUCGACUACUACGACACCUUCACGCCCGAUGAGGCGGCCAAGCUGGGCAUUGCUGUGCCCGAGCCCCUCGAAGGACAAGACGGGAGUUGCGGAAGAGAGGAAGAAGGAGGAGCUGGAGGUCUUGAUAGCAAGAAACUGGCCGGCGAGACGAACGUGAAAGCCGUAUAG